AUGGGUCAGCAGAAAGCCAUCACGGUGGAGCACAGAGCCAGAUCCACACCUUCUCCUUUGUUUCUAGGUCCUGCUGUGCGAGGCCAACUCUCCAGGCAGCUCUCCAGGCACUGCAGCCUUCCAGGUAGCUCCUGGCUCAGCCUGCCCAUUGCCCAGCCUUUGGAACCGGAGCACAGCCCCAAAAAACCCAUGUCUUCAUCUGAGCCCAUCCUGGAUCUCAAGGCAGACAUGGCAGAAGCGCUUCCAGCCCAUGGUGACCCAGAGGAGAUGAAGCAAAGCCACGAGACGAGGCAGGACCCAUCAAGCCCCAGCGGUGGGGAUGACUUUGCAACCUCCAGCAUGAGCAGCCGUGGGGAGUCCAUCCCAGCUCCGGCCACUGAUGACACCCUCGCAGGCAGGUCGGAGGGGAGGGAUCCCAGCCCCACAGACUCCUUGCCAUGGCCAGAAGCCCCCGAGGAGAGCCCAGCCCGUCCCAACACCCUGGACCUCUCCAAGUCCCUGAAGAAGCUGGAGGAGGUGAAGCAGACGGGGCAGAGGGCAAACAGUGACCACACAUCAGUGAAGGAGAACGGGGUGGAGGUCAGCCCUGCCGUGGUGGUGGUGGGUGAGGAGCGGCGGGCGAUGGAGACCGAGCUGGGCAAAUGCAUCGAGGACUUCCGCAAGAUCAAGAUCCCUGUCGCCUUCCCAAACAAGAAGCGGCAGUGGCAGAGCGAGCUGCUAAAGAAAUACCAGCUGUGAGCCCUCUGGCGUGCUGAGGGUCUCCACCAGCAUCCCUGGGUAGCAGGAGGAGGUGUCCGCAGUCCCGAAAUGAGGAGUGUGGGGUGCUCAUCAAGCCCAUCCAUCAGACAAGGGUACAGAGUUCU